UUUCUCUCUUGGCUACCCUUCUUCUUCCUCUAGUUGUACUUUGUAUCUGACUAGUUUCGGAUAUUAUGUUUCCAGAUUCUGGUGCCAUAAAGCUAGCUACAAUCACAAACCCAAGUUCUACUUGUCGGGUUCAUGCUCCGCAACUUGCUGGAAUCCGAUCCACCUUCGCUUCUGGUUCUCCUCUCUUGCCAUUGAAGUUGAGUAUGGCUCGUAGAGGAGGAAACAGAGCAGCAUCAGUUUCAAUUAGAAGUGAGCAAAGUACAGAAGGAAGCAGUGGUUUGGACAUAUGGCUUGGUCGUGGCGCAAUGGUUGGUUUUGCAGUUGCCAUUACGGUUGAGAUUUCAACUGGAAAAGGACUUCUUGAGAAUUUUGGAGUAGCAAGUCCAUUGCCUACGGUUGCUUUAGCUGUUACAGCAUUGGUUGGUGUUCUAGCUGCAGUUUUCAUCUUCCAAUCUUCUUCUAAAAACUGAUCACAAAGAAUCUUCUUGUAUUAUGGAUCUUGUUUGUGAUGCUGCGGUGGAGCAUUUUGUUGUAUUAAGAAAAUCUUGUAUCAUAU